CACUGUCAUAUAAAAGGCCAAGUAAAUGAUAUCUCUCAAAGAGUUUUAACGUACAGUGGUGGAAGCAGCUUCCAUACAUCAUGGCUUUCCAUUUCGCCCUAAGCUGUUUCCUUCUGGCUAGCGUUGGCAUCUGCACCGCGACUUUUGGUGGACAUGAACACGUACACAUACGAGUGCACAUACCUGAAGAGCAUCAUGACGAUCACGGGCAUGGCGGCGGGCACGGCGGGGGAGGGGGCGGGGGAGGCGGCGGCUACGGAGGUCAUGGCGGCAGCUUAAGCGACCAUCUUCAUGGAGGCUUUGCGGACCACCUGAAAGAGCAUGAUCAUGGAGGCGGCGGCUAUGGAGGUGGCUUCGGAGGAGGAUUUGGCGGUGGUCAUGGAGGAGGCGGUGGUGGCCAUGAUUUCGGCGGAGGCCAUGAUUUCGGCGGCGGUCAUGAUUUCGGCGGCGGCGGCGGUGGUGGCUACGGCGGAGGACACGAUGGCGGAUUCGGCGGUGGUCAUGACUUCGGCGGCGGUCAUGGAAGCGAUGGUGGUCACGGGGAUCACGACUUCGGCGGUGGUCAUGAUUUAGGAGGCCAUGGGGGAUACGACCUUGGUGGAGGUGGAGGACAUGGUGGCGGCUUCGGAGGUGGUUUUGGCGGAGGUCACGGCGGUGGUUUCGGAGGUCACGACGAAGGAUUCGGCGGCGGUCAUGGAGGCGGCUUCGGUGGGAAUGAUGUAGGAUAUGGCGGUGGUCAUGGGGGAGGUUUCGGCGGCGGACAUGGUGAUGAUAUUGGUGGAGGAUAUGAUGGUGGACACGGCGGAGGUUUUGGCGGCGGCCAAGGCGGAGGUUUUGGCGGUGGCCUCGGAGGUGGUUUCGGAGGAUAUGGAGGCGGCCAUGACGACCACAGCAGUGGAUCUAGCCACGGAUUCUCUGGAGGUGAUAGCUAUGCAUCUGCACUGUCUGGUGGUCACGGGUCAGGAGGUUUUGGUGACGGUGGAGGUCACGGAGGUGGCCAUGAGGAGACAUACGCUGUAGUGAGUGUGGAAAAUAUAGGAGGAGGCGGUGGUGGUCACGGAGGAUAUUCAGGAGGUGGAGGAGGCUUCGGCGGUGGCCACGGAGGCGGUCUUGGCGGUGGCCACGGAGGAGGCUUUGGCGGUGGCCACGGAGGAGGCUUUGGCGGUGGCCACGGGGGAGGCCACGGGGGAGGCUUUGGCGGUGGCCACGGAGGAGGCUUUGGCGGUGGCCACGGAGGAGGCUUUGGAGGUGGCCAUGGAGACAGCUAUAGUAUAGGCGGGUCCAGUGGCCACGGAGGUCACGGAGGAUUCAGUUUGUCAGACUUGAGCCAUGGGCACGGAGGGGGUUUCGGUGACAGCUACACGAACGCGUUAGGAUCAGGCCACGGCGGUGGUCCUUACCAUAAAAGAAAAUGAAUACUUCAAAAACAUAUCAAAUCAAUUGAUUUUGUUUGAUUGUAUAGAGCCAACUAAGUCAUGUUCGCUGGUAAAGUGCGGUGCGGUCCAGUAUUAAAGUACAAUUGUAAAUAAGUUAUUAGCUUUAAGUUUAAGUGUUGUUAUGUUGUUAUUAUAUUAUUUUUUUAUUUAAA